UGUGCCCAAACUUUGACUGGUACUGUAUAAACAAACAAACAAACAAACAAACUUUGGAACGUAGACAUGUUGGGACAAACCAAUGACUAACAGUGUUUUGCAACUGUUUAUAUACUUUUAUCAUGUGUUAAUAUGAGUAAAUAUUAUAAUGAUGCACAAGAAACUUAGAACAUUAUACAUCAGUAUAUACAUAGAAUACAUUUUAGAGUUUAAAAGAUGUGGGUAAAGUUUUAGACACCACCCCCUCAUCCUUUCCUCAACUUGGUACUUUCCAAGUGACGCAAAACAACAUGGCGGCGCAGUAGCCGGGGUCUGUCUUCUACACGGCCACAGUUUCCACUGUUCAUCAUGCGGGAAAAUGAUAAAACACCUUCUCGGGUGUUCAUCUGCUCUUUUCAGGACUGCCAGGCUGCAUACGAUAAAGGCUGGAAGCUUGAGGCGCAUCUGUGUAAACACACCGGAGUGAGACCGUUCGAGUGCGGCUUCACCGGAUGCAGCAAAUCGUUCUGCAGUAAAUCUCACCUGGUUCGUCAUGAGCUCACACACACCGGAGAGAAACCCUUCAGGUGCAGUGAGGACGAGUGCAUGCAGAGUUUCACCACAAACUUCAACCUGAGGAAGCACAUCUCACGCAAACACAAACAGGAAGUGAAGCUGUACACCUGUGUGUUUGAGGGAUGUGGUAAAAUCUUCAAGAAGAACAACCUGCUGAAGAGUCAUGAAAGCACACACACGCUGCAGCUCCCAUAUCAAUGUUCAUUUGAAGGCUGUGACAGAUGUUUCUCCACUCCCAGCAAAAGAAAACGUCAUGAGAAAGUGCACAAGGGUUACACGUGUCCGGCUGAAGGUUGCUCGUUCGUUGCGAAGAACUGGACUGAACUGAACAAACACAGGAAAGAGCAUAAAGUAAGGGUGCAGUGUGAGGACUGUAAGAAGAUGUUCAGGGAUCGGUGGUUCCUGAAGCAGCACCAGCGCGUUCACGCCGACUCUCGGCUGGUGUUUGUGUGUCCGAGAGACGGAUGCGGUCGCUCCUACACCACCGCCUUCAACCUGCAGAGCCACAUCCUGUCCUUCCACCAACAGGAGCGAGCGUUCAGCUGCACACACCCCGGCUGCACCAAAACCUUCUCCAUGAAGCAAAGUUUACAGCGUCAUUCUGUGGUUCAUGACCCCGAGAGAAAGAAACAGAGGAAACCCCGUCCUACACGAUCACUGGCGUCUCGCCUGAGUGGCUACAAAAUGCCCCGGAAACGCCAGUCUGAAACCCUUGGUGAAUCUCCAAACUCUAUGACCGACCAAUCAGAAUCAUCCACAUCACACCACGUCGAGGACGAUGUAGCAAACCCGGUCAAAUCUGACGCUUCUGAAAUCGUCCAAUCAGAAGCAGGGACAUCUGAAAGUUCCGUCAUUCUCAUCUUAGAGCCACUCGUGUUGCAGAGUCCCACAGAGAGCCAAUCAGAAAUCAGUGAAUUUCAUACCAUUGUAGAAACCGGACAAUCGGAAAUCAAGAAUUCGCUCGAUAGCGACAAAACCGGCCAAUCAGAACUCCCCGAAAUUGUAAAUCUAGUCGCUGUCCAAUCAGAGCACAGUAUAGUAUUGGGCAGCCAAUGAUAAGCCUUAAAAUUCAUUCGCAGAAAUGAAGUGGA